AUGAGAUUCUUCAUUCUUCUCUCUGCUUUCUUCGCUGUCUCAUCUGCCUUCUUAUUCGGAGCUCUCGGAGGAGGAGGUGGCGGUGGCGGUGGAAGUGGAUGUUGUCCACCCCCACCACCAGCUUGUGGAUGUGGAGCUGGAGCUGCUGCGGCUCCUGCACCUGUUGCUUAUGCUCCACCAGCUCCAAUGGCUUCGGGUGGAUAUGCUGUCGCCGGACGCAAAUAA